GCAAGACUGCCACGGUUCACGGCGAAGUUGCACCUGGACUGCGUUCUGACGUGUGACGACGACGAAAGCAUACGCGGCGCACAACAUGCGCUGCAGCGACUCUUCGCCAUAUUCGGCAUUUCGCAUCUAGCGUCCGGUGCCCCAGGCCGCAUUCGACUAGAAUGGCGACAUCAGAAGAUGAACCCCAGUCGCCGGCAGACGAGCAGCCGGCAGCAGCACCCGAAGAGGAGCCAGCGCUCGCUCAGAACCCGCCCGACACGACGGACCCGGAAACCAUGAUUGCGAACGAGCCGGCCGACCACAACACUGCUCCGGACAACGACGACGAGAGUGACACAGACUCAUCCUCGAGCGAUGCCGCGUCAGACAGAGAGGCGGACGCGCCAGCUCCGGCGGUGGAAUGGCUGGCGACUGGCCGCGAAAAGCGCUCAACGGCAGGGAACCGGCUGAAGCACAUGCUUGCGGCACAGGAGCCUGACGACGAGCUCGAGCUGCUCUUCGCCGAAGACGGCGACGACGCGGCGUUCAGCGAAGCCGACGAGGACGGAUCCGAUCUACACAUGGACUCGUCAUCCGAUGACGAGGACGCACAGGAGCAGGGCGACGACCUGGAAGGCGAGAAAGAACUCGAGAGGAAGGCACGCGAAAACAGACAGGCCGCGCGGAAGCGCAAGGCGCAGGAGGCCAUACCCUUGAAGUUCCGAAAGAAGGUCAAGAUUGCAACUGGGCCCCAACUUUCAGCAGAAGGUUCCGUGACCUCGUCGAGCGCGGCCACUCCAACUACCAGCACGCGACCGCCAGGUGGUGCCCCUAGGCCCAAGAAGAAGUCUGAGCGGACAUCAUGGCUUCCUACACCGGCGGAAAUGCCGACGCGCGCUUCACGGCGUGAAACAACCAUGCUGAGCAAGGAGCAGCUCCACCAGCAGAUGAUUGAGCGUGAGGUGAAGCGAAUCAAGCAGGUGGAGGCCAUGGAGCGGAAGGCAAAGAAAAUGGAGGCGCUACGCAAACCGCCCAAGACACAGGCAGAGCGCCUGGCUGAGGCCGCAGUCAUAGAGAAGAAGAACGCAAAGAGCCUCAAUCGCUGGGAAGAGGCCGAAAAGCAGAGGGAGGAGGAGCGGCGGGCGAAGCUGGCUGCACUGAAUAAUCGCACCCUCGAUGGGCCCGUGGUCACGUUUUGGAGCGGUGUGGGCGAGUGGGUUGACGGCAAGCUCAAGUAUGUGGGCAAGAUUGUCACCAUUGAAGAGAAGCCUCUCAAGAAGAAGCGAGGAUCGGCACUGGACGGAGACGCUACGCUGCCAGGUACAAACGAAGAUGUCCCCAUGGCUGAUGGGGUGUCGAAGGAGGAGGCUGCUUCUGAGCAGCCAACUGUCGUCGAAACCGCGCCAAAGCCAGAUAUCCCAGCCCUGAAUCCCACAACAGACCCGGCCCUAGAGGCAUCAACAACCUCGUCAGAAAAACCACCAAUGACCUCUACAACGAAUCAAGAAACAUCGAAUCCAGCUGAAACUCUCAGUGUAGAGCAGGACACACAGUCGAGAGCUGCAGAGCCAUCAGCCACCGAGCAGCCAUCUCAGGUUGUUGAAACAGGCAUGGAACCAGCAGCAGCACAGCCAGCAACCUCUUCUCAACAAGCAUCACCUUCACCACCUGUCGUCGACGCGGAAAUCCCAGCCACCAACACAGCUGCACCGAACCCAGACCCGAUCGGCGUAGUGCCAGAUUCUCAGGCUAAUGGAGAGACUCCUGAUGGACGACCUGCCCCAGAUCUAGCAGCACAAACGGCAACAGAAGACUCACAGACCCAGCCCGUGCCACACGCCACGCUGGAGCAACACCCGCCACAACAAGGGGCACCUUCGUUAUCAAUAGAAACCGCUGAAUCUCCCACGACCACGACAAGUCCAAAGCCAUUGUCGGCUGCGGAUAUACAGAAGCAAGAACCUUUGUCCUCAGGGACAGCUGAAGCUCAACCAGAUGUAGAGAUGAAAGACGUGGCUGUCAGUCUUCCAGACGCCGCUGCACCAGUCAGAGCUCAACCCGAAUCUCAACGCCCGCCAACACAUUCAGAUGCUCCUUCACAGCUCGUGUCCUCAGAACCUACGGCAUCGGCAACAAGCACGUAUACCACCAUGAGCUUUGCACCACCCGCACAGCUGGUCUCGGUACCACCUCCAGACGGAGUACAGAUGGGGUCAAGCUUCCUUGCGCGUCCUGCGGGGAUCAGUCCUGGAGGUCUGUCGAUACCACAGAUUGGCCAGAUGCCAAUAGCAGGCGCGCCGGGAUCUUUCCCCGCUCCAGCUCCGAUGAAUGGAAGUCAGCAGACAUCAGACUCAGGUCCGCAAUUACCACCUGGUUCGCCAGCAGUUUCCGUGGCACUAGCUCAGUCCCAGCAAAUACAACCUGUCCUUCAAAAUGGCCGAGUUGAUAUGCAAGCCCCGAGCAUGCCAGAGCAACAACGGCUGCCGUUAGCUCCCCCACCGCCUACGAAGCCUGCCCGUGGCGGAAGACAGAAGAAGGAAAAGGAGAAAGAAGAGACCCCUCCGCCUCCAAGAACACCACCGCCAGACGGCAAGGCCACGCGGAAUUGUUUCAUCCUGCAGAACUUCAACGAAAACGCCAUCAAAGACAAGGCGGUGCAAACAAAGAUCCUGUUCGGCAAAGAGAUGAACAAGCUUCCGAAACCAGCGCCGGCCCCUCGAUGCGUCAUCACAGGCCAGCCGGCACGUUACAAGGACCCCAAAACGGGCUUGCCAUAUUACAACAGCUUUGCAUACAAGGAGAUCCAAAAGCUGCAGAAGGGCGAGUACAAGUUCAGCAAGUUGCUAGGAACUUGGAUGGGGACUGGUUCGGCUGCUGCUCUUGGAGUCCCAGCUCGCUUCCUUGAUCCAACCGCUCCUGGACCACCAAAACCUGUGCCCGCGGCUACAGUGGCUGAGCAGCCGGCUGCGAACCCGACUGGCGGCCCAACCAACACCGGAGGCGGCAGUAUUGCGCAUACCGUUGCUGAUGGAACUGCGCCGGGCUCGACCUCGGCUUCAGGGGCUGCUUCCGCCAACCAGCCACAGCUGUCUGGAACCACGCCAGUGCCUAUGCCACCACCUGCCCCUUCUCCAGCAGUCCAAACAGUGCCGCCGAGCCAAUCUGCUAUGCCUGUUGCCGACGUCAGCAAAGACGCCGCCUCAUUGCCAGCUCCCGCCAUGGUCCCUCAAGCAGAUACCAUCGGAACGUCCCAGGCCCAGGAACAACAUCCAAUCGGGCCGGCUCCAGCGACCCUUGAAAUGGCACCGACCACUACAGCACAAGACAUGGGGAUGACGCCGGCCCCGUCUCACACAGUUCCGACCGCCAAGAUAUGAGUAUCACACCCGCACUGCAGGAAGCCCGGUAUUGUGUGUCAAAUAAAAUAUAUUCUGUGUCCUAUCUUGACAGUAA